AUGUUCACAAAUCCAAAUAAUUUUUAUCAUCGUGAAAUACAUGAUGGGAUUGAAAUAAGUGCCGCGGAAUACGAUAUCUACAAAGCUGGAUCCAGUUUAUCCCGAAUAGACAAAGGAAAUUUAAUAGAAAGUGGGGUAUACAUGAAAAAAAGUUCUAUAAUUCUCAAUUAA